AUGUCCGCCUUUUUGGCGUUAGUCCUCAUCAAGUUUAGCGUUUCUUUAGCGUGGAUUCACAGAGUCACGGGAAUGAAACUUCUAACCCUGGAUGCUGUCGGCGAACUUGCCCAUUUGCAUCUUGAACCCGCUGACCUGGUCAUCUACAAACCAAAGAUGCCCUCCAAAACAGUCAAGGCAGCUUCGUCGGCGCCUGUCCGUCGUAGCCGGACAGGCUGUUUGACGUGUCGCCGCCGAAAGCUGAAGUGUGACGAGGCAACACCAAUUUGUGGACAAUGCCAAAAGUCGCGCCGACAAUGCGACCGCAGCGAAGGACUCACUUUCCGACACCACCAGAACGCCGCCAUCGACCGAGAUGAGCAAGAUCAUUCCCUCGGCAGCUUCUUCAAAUACAGUCAAUCCUACAGUCCAGAAGACCUUCAAAGCUUUUUACCCGUGCCACAGACUUUGACCUGGAUUCAAGUUUCUGAUCCGAACUCGGAAGAUUCGAACGCUGUCACACCUCCGCCGCAGGCACAGGCAACCUCAGAUCCAUACCAGCAAGUCGCCGCACACACUCUCGAAGCUCUGUCGACUGCAGCAGCGGACCAUGUUUCAUACCCCCCUCAAGCGACCGCAUACUACACGGCAAUGGGAUCUCAAUCAGCACCGCACCCUGAGUAUGGCUUCGUGCGACUCGAGAAUGACGAUGGAACAAGAGAAGGAUCUUCAAACAAUGCGAACUACAUGAAUGCACAAGGCCAAAACACGUCCUUGAUGAUUGAUCCAAACUUGGAAACCAGCGUUGCAGACCCCGCUGAGCAGGCUGUGUCUAUGGAAGAAUCGGCCGAUCACACUGGAGCACAAGAUGCACAUGAAAACGACGGACAAAACAGCCAUAUCGAGGGAGAUGGAAUGGGCGACUCCGAGUCGAGAGUUGCAAUGGCUCUUCGAACCUUCAAUGAGGCAUGAUCGACGAAUGACACUGGAGUUCAUAUGUACUUAUGGCUGGCGAUGAAUUGUUUUCAGGAUGAUACCCUCAGGUCAGGCGUCAAGGAUGGCCGUAUUUUCGCUGUAGAAUCAGCUGAAAGUCAUACUAUUGAACGUUCAACUUU